AUGCUUUCCAAGCAACUCUUCCUCGGUUUCGCCUGUUUGGCAAUUGCCUUCGCUACUCCUCUCAAUGAUGAGGAAUCACCCAAGAGCGAGAAACGUCGUCAGUACAUCCAGCCUUUGGCCGGAGCUGCUCAAGUCCCUCGCAACAUCCCCUUAGUUGCUGCCCCAGUUCUUGCUGCCCCAGUUGCUCCACUUCUCCGUCCUGCCGUUCCAGUUGCCGCUGCCCCCGGUAUCCCACUCGCCGCAGCCCCCGUUCCAGCCGUUCCAGUCAUGCAACCAGCUGUUGUAGCUCCAGUUGGACAAUGCCCAGGAGGACCAUCUCUCCCAAUCGAAUGCGAUCCAAAACGCCCAUGGCCCCAAUGCCCACCUCAAUCAUACUGCUAUGCUACCAACUCCGUUGAUAUUGGACCUUAUUUCUGCUGCCCAAUCUGGUCAACUUAUGGAGCUGCCUGGAGACCAGCCGCCCCAUUCUACAACUAUGUCCCACCAAUGCCCGCUAACUGGCCUGAUGUCGCUAGAGUUACCGCUAACUGGCCAGCUGCUGCUGUAGCUUUACCAGUUAAGGCUCGCAAGCCAGCCUCCACUGAUGACAAGGAAGAGGAAGACGACAAAAUUGGAUCAUCUAUCAACAAAUGGAUGGAGAGACAAGCUAAAUUGUAA